GUAAUAAAUAACUAAUCUUCACCAUGACACACCUUUACUUCGAUAUUAGAGAUGAUCAGUGGCCUCUUGUCUACGAUGAAAAAUAUAAUGUUUCUGUUUUGGGCCUGGAAAAAUUACAUAUAUUCGAUGCUAAAAAAUGGGGUAACAUCAUACAGCAUUUAUUGCGUGCUAAACUAAUAACAAAAGAUUGUUUGGUACAUCCCAAUGAAGCCAAGAAAGAAGAUCUACUAGUUGUUCACACCAAGAAAUAUCUCCAAUCCCUAAAGUGGAGUCCCAGAGUGGCUGUGAUUGCAGAGGUUCCAGCGGUGGCCUGCUUGCCUAAUAUUCUUGUACAAUAUGCAUACUUGAAACCAAUGAGGUUGCAAACCGGUGGUUCGGUGUUAGCGGGCAAGUUAGCGUUAGAACGUGGCUGGGCAAUCAAUGUAGGUGGUGGGUUCCAUCACUGCAGCUCAGAUAAGGGUGGUGGCUUUUGUCCCUAUGCUGAUAUAACACUACUGGUCCGCUUUCUUGUUGACAAUGAGAUGAUACAGAACGCAAUGAUUGUGGAUUUAGAUGCACAUCAGGGCAAUGGUUACCAGAGAGAUUUCCUCGGUGUACCCGAGGUAUAUAUAAUGGAUAUGUACAACAAACAUAUAUAUCCCAAAGAUAAGGAAGCAAAGCGAGCCAUACGCAGGAAAGUGGAACUCGACCAUCUUGUUGAAGACACAGAAUAUUUACUCAAGUUGCAUAAACAUUUAAAAGCUGCACUUGAUGAUUUUAAGCCCGAUAUCUUGGUGUACAAUGCCGGCACAGAUAUCUUGGAUUCAGAUCCACUCGGACAUCUUAGUAUUACUGAGGAGGGAAUCAUUCAAAGGGACCAGUUUGUUUUCGAACAAUGUAAGAAGCACAAGAUUCCUAUAGUGAUGUUGACAAGUGGAGGAUAUUUAAGAAAAACUGCAAAAAUUAUCGCAGAUUCCAUUAUCAAUUUAGAGAGUAAAGGUCUGAUUGGUAGUAAAGUGACUUUAGAUGAAUGAAAUGGCAACACUUUAUAGUUAAUUCUUUCACUAUAAGUGGUUUUUUUUUUGAUAUAGCAAUACUGCAGUGAUAUAGUUUUGAUCUCAUGGUGCCAAAAUUAUUGCAAAUAGAAUUUGCGAUUGUUUUUAUUUAUUCUAGUCGUUUCAUAUUUAUAGUUUGU